AUGAAGGGUUUAUAUGUUCUUUUCAUGCUAGUUAUUGCUUCACAUAGCGUGUCUUCUAGAAUAACGCCUAAUACAGGUUCUACCUUUGAUGUUCUUACAUAUGGUGCCAUCGGGGAUGGUCAAACCGAUGAUUCAAAUGCUUUUUUAAAAGUAUUUAACGAUGCAUGUGGUACAAGUGAGAGCACCCCAUCAAUGACCAUACCCGAAGGAAAAACAUUCUUGUUGCAACCUUUGGUGUUCAAAGGUCCAUGCAAAUCUACAAACAUUAUAGUUGAGCUUAAAGGAAAUAUCACUGCCCCAAAAGACAUUGAAAGUUGGAAUUUCACAGUUGAGAAACAAAGGAAAAUAUGGAUCCAAUUCUCAAAAAUAAGUGGCCUUGUUGUCAACGGAGAAGGAAACAUUGAUGGCCAAGGUUCUCCAUGGUGGGACAAGUUUGGUGGUAAAGGUCAAGAAAAGUUUAGGCCAACUGCUCUUCGAUUCCUUGAUUGUCAAGCUCUAACACUUAGCAACUUGAAUCACAUGAAUAGUCCGAAGAAUCAUAUAAGUGUAGAUUCAUGCAAAAACGCUUCCAUCUUCAAUAUUCAUAUAACUGCACCACCAACCAGUCCAAAUACAGAUGGAAUUGAUAUCUCACAGUCAACCAACAUCGCCAUUAUGAAUUCAACCAUCGAAACUGGUGACGAUUGCAUCGCCAUUAACAAUGGCUCAAGUGUCAUCACCAUAACCGGUACUUUUUGUGGACCAGGCCACGGGAUAAGUGUUGGUAGCCUCGGAAAAGAUAAUUCAUAUGCUACGGUAGAAGAUGUACGUGUUCAAAAUUGCACAUUCACCGGAACUUCAAAUGGAGGUAGAAUCAAGACAUUUGAGGGAGGAUCUGGAUAUGCGAGGAACAUUACAUACGAAGAUAUCAUACUUAAUGAAGUGAAGAAUCCUGUGAUUAUUGACCAAGCGUAUAACCCUAACGCAGAUAGUGCCGUUGAAAUUAGUGAUGUUACUUACAGCAACAUACGAGGAACCUCAGUUGGUGAAUAUGCAAUCGAACUUAAAUGUGAACUCAACAUCGGUUGCAACAACAUUGUUCUCGAUCAUAUUAACAUAACUCGUGCCGAUGGAGGGAAAGCAGGUGUAGUUUGCGUUGGUGGACAUGGAAAUUCCUCUUCAUGUAAUCCAGCUGUCCCUUGUCUUACAAACAUUAGUGCUAUUUGGUGGUACUAG